AGAGUCAAAAGCUUGAAGGAGGUGAAGUGUCGAGUUGGAUUUUUCCGCGCCAUGGAGUGAAAAUGAGGAGUCCUUUUGGGCUCAAAGAGAAAGGGAAAAUUUUACAAAGAGCUACUAAAUCAUGUCAGAGCCUCUUGGAUCUGCGUGGUCUGCACAUUGCCAGCAUACCUAAUGAAAUCUUUGCAAAGCCUUUGGUGGAAAACUUGAUAGUUUUAGAACUAAGUUUUAAUGGCCUCCAGUCACUUCCCAGUUGUAUUUGCCAACUGGUUAGUUUGGAGGAACUUUACCUUGGACAUAAUAACUUAAAAAUUUUGCCCAAAGAAAUUGGAGAUCUUCCAGCCUUGACAAGACUUGAUCUGGUACAUAAUGGUCUUCAAGAAGUCCCAUUUUGCAUUUCAAGAUUGAGAACUCUAGAGUGGGUUAAUCUGGCUGGGAACCUGGUGGAAGUUUUACCACCUUGGUUGCUUCUUCUACCAAACCUUCAACAUUUGUACCUUGUACGUAACCUCAUUGAAAACAUCCCCAGGGAUUGUUAUCUUCAAGGAAUAGAUUGCAUGCGCAGGUACUUUAGAUUGCCUUGCACUAGAGAUGCUAGUGACAGAAACUGCCACACAAAUUUGAGGCUAUUGUCUCCUCAAAGAAAAUGCUUUACAAGACCAAAGCUGCGCUCAAAUACUCUGGACAGACCCCUGUUGUUGUCUGAAAGUGAACCAGAUGUAGGAUUUAAAAAGUUAGUCUGUGAGCAGACCUCCCCUAGUUCAAGAUGUUCACCAGUUGAAGAUGAUUCCAUGAUUUCCGCAUCCUUGCCUGUGGAAACUUUACCAGGUAAAUACGUCGAGCAACAUCAGAACAUUGUAUCCAAUUUGGAAAAGGCUCAUCAGAAUGAACUUUGCCUGGUUAAACAACAGAAAAGCAAGCUUCUUCACAAGCAGGAGCUUAGAAAAAAAAACAUUGACUCCUUGCGUAAGAUGAAAGAACAGUGUAAACCGGCACCAUUUCCUUAUACAAGAAGGAGGUUAGAUUUUAGCCUGGAUCUUGAGAGUCUGAACAGAAGAAGACCAAGAUGCUUGACUACAAGUGAAUAUGGAACUUGUUCCUCCAUUACAGAGAGCAUUGGAGUAAGGGAGCAUUCGUUCCUAAACAGAAAAGAUUCUCUUUUGAGUUUUCAAUCAUCUACUUCACUAGAUGAUGCUUUCAACAACAAUUUACCAGCAAAUCUGAGGCAGAGAAAGCUCUCAAGUGACAGUGGCAGCUCCUGUUUGAGUGAAGUUUCUGAAAAUGACUGUUACAUCAAUGACUCUGACUUAGAGUCAGUUAUUGACCGACGUAGACACAUAAGUCUGGGAGACAUCUGUGUUAUUAUCCCAGAGGAAAAUAUCACUGGCCAUCUGCAGUCAGAAUUUCAUCUGGAGGUGUUAGAAGAUAUGUCAUUUGCUCCUACACUCAAGAGUCGGGAGGUGCUUGCUAGUGAAGUUAUUGAGAUGACACCACAUGGAGCCGAGUUUUUCAAAGAUGAUCCAGCCAUCAUCAGUUUUCCUUUUGAUGUUAAAGUUGGAAGGUACGAUGUUGUCACUUGUCUUUGCAGCAACACUGGUUUUGGGCAGAGAACAAGUUGGGAAAAAAUGAAUCCAAGUGACUACAAGGUCUUCACUUCUCAUGUAGAAAUCAGAGCCUACCAUUUCAGUCUUUUUGCGAUUGUGGUAACAAAAGGCUACCCUGAAGCUCGCAAGACCAUAAAAGCUGGUAUAGGUGGUUGUCUCCACAUCCCCGAAGUCCCUGGAAUAGAAAUUCUCUUCCCAGACACAUCAUUACUUCAUGAUAUUGAAGCAUCUGUGAAGGUUCUUUAUGCAGAUCACCCUUAUGAUGUUGAUCAUUCUGACCCAGAGGCAUUAGCACUUGCUACACCAGUUGUCCAACUUGGUCCUCAUGGCUGUGUGUUUAAUCUACAUUCUGCUGACUCUGUGACUGUGCGCCUUCCACUUCCAGAUGGCAAAGAGAUUUUAGAGAGGUAUGGAGACAGGCAGCUCACAUUUUGGUGUAGUUCUACAACAGAUGGAGAAGAUCUCCAGUGGCAGCAGUUCUAUCCUAGGUUUUUCCACAUUGAUAAUGAUGACAAUGCUCUAUGCUCUGUAUACUUCUCUGUGGAGCACUUCUCUUUCGUUAGAGUUCUCUGGAACAUCAUUGAUACCAUCUUGUGGGAAGCCAAGCUGGGUGCCUCUAGUAUCAUUCCUCUGUUCCAAUUCAGUGUUUCCUUUCAAGCUUUGAUGUCAGAAGUGAGCGAGAAUGGGCUGAGGUUUGGCCUUUGUAUAGCGUGCUACAGAUUUGGUAAACCUUUGGAGGACAUUGGCAAUUUUCCUACUGUUGUUGGUAAAUGUAUUGCACCGAGACUGCUACACACAGGAAGGCUGCAAAUCAGGUUGGAAUCAGAUCAUUUUGACACAGACACCUCAAUUGGUGUUAAAGAUCUUGUAGCUGUGGAGAACUUCACUGGCCAUCCAUUUGUGAUUCAGUUUGGAUGUCGAUUUAAGGGAGAGCCACCAUAUGGAAACUUUGGUAAUGUUUUUGUGGAUGAACUAUCAAAGAGUGGUGAAAACAAGCCAGUUUUCUCUUUCCUCUUAAAUAGG